AUGCCUGAUUGGGCCGACUUGAAGUCGGUCGACCUCGUGUCCGUCGCGACUCUCCUGAAGCUUCACAGGGCGAGCAUAGCGUUCAGUGUCGUCAUACUUACUAUCGUCUACUUUGCAACCCGCGCCAUCUACAAUGUGUGGUUUCAUCCCCUGUCCAAGUUCCCAGGCCCACGACACCGAGCUGCCUUCAAGAUUCCUUACCUAGUUGGCAUGUGGGGAGGAACUCACCAUCGCAUCGUCAAAGACCUACACGAUCAGUAUGGACCCGUCGUCCGUAUAUCGCCCAACAACCUGUCCUACAUCACGGCCCAGGCAUGGAAGGACAUCUACGCCCACAAGAAGUCGCGCGACCUGGAGAUGAUCAAGGACCCCGAGUUCUACGUCCGCAACCCCAACGCCCCGUCUAUCGUCAACGGCAAUUACGAGGACCACGCGCGAUACCGACGACUAUACCAGCCUGGCUUCUCGGCACGCUCGUUGCGUGAGCAGGAGCCCCUGAUUCAACGCUAUGUGACCCUGUUCAUCAGCGGUCUGACCAGGGAAUGCGAGAAGGGUGAGGUCGCCGUCGACAUGGUCCAAUGGUUUAACUUUGUUACAUUUGACAUUAUCGGGGACCUCGCCUUUGGCGAGCCAUUCGGAUGUUUGGAGGGUGGCGAGACAGACUGGCUUCAGGCGUUGAAUCAGAUCGAAGAGGCCACCAUGCGAAUCCGUGUCGUCCAGCAUGCUCCCUUGGUGGGUUGGUACGCCCGUAAGAUCGUCAACACCUUCUUCUCCAAUGACGCGAUGAGGGGCGCGGCCGAGCACUUGGACCUCACCGAGGAGAAGGUCAAGCGUCGGAUGGCCAACAAUUCGCCCCGGCCCGACUUUAUGGAGCACAUCCUGCGCCAGCCAGAGGGCAAGGGGUUCACUUUUGGAGAGAUGCUCAGCAACUCGGCCACGCUGAUCCAGGCCGGCAGCGAGACGACGGCCACCCUGCUCUCCGGGGCGGUCUUCUUGCUCUGCAAAUACCCCGAGACAUACAAGCUCCUCAUGAAGGAGCUCACAGAUGCCUUUGAGAGCGAGGACCAGCUGACCAUUGAGAACACAACACGACUCCCCUACAUGGACGCUGUCCUGGAGGAGGCCCUGCGCUGCUACUCACCAGCUGUGCCUGGCUUUCCGCGUCAGGUACCCCAAUCUGGCGCCAUGAUCGAUGGCCAAUGGGUGCCUGGUGGGAUGUCCGUGACCGUGAACCACUACGCUGCGUAUCACUCGACGCUCAACUUUGAACGACCGGAGGAAUUUCUCCCCGAGCGCUUCCUCGACCCGGACGCCUUCCCAAACGACCGACGCGAUGUACUGCAGCCCUUCAGCAUGGGUCCGCGCAACUGCAUAGGCAAGCAGCUGGCGUACGCCGAGGGGCGUCUGAUCCUCGGCCGCUUCCUACUCAAGUUCGAAAUGCGACUAGGCCCCAAGGCGGAAGGCUGGAUGGACCAGAAGGGCUACGUGACGUGGAUGCGGCCGCCACUUGAAAUGUUCAUCAAGCUGCGUGAGAAUUGAUCGGCUCUCGGCGGCGUGCUCACGGGAGAUGUGGGCGUGCUUCGUGUCCAAGUGGAGUUGCAGGGGAGACAGGAAGUGCCGGAAGAGGCGAGAUGCUGUGUGCACGUUCGUGGAACAUGCGAAAGACUUGGGACCAUGCUCCCUCGAGGUACUGCGAAGUCGUUCUGUAUCCGCGGAUGGAUGAGGGUCCAGGGAUGAUGAUGAGGGAUGGAGGGGUUGCGGGGCAUCGCUUGGGAGUUCCUUGGAAGGCGCGUGCGGAUGCGACUCGUCCGUUAUUUCCGCAUCUGAUGUGCAUCAACGGGGCCAUGCUAGGAAGGAAGGAAGGGAGACAAGGGAAUUAUCUUGUUGGUAUACCAGGAUGUGUGCACACUCAGUGAGUCAGUAGA